AUGGAACAAAACAAUGAAACAUCUGAUGGAGAUUUUAUUUUGCUUGGAUUCUCAGACCACCCCCAGUUGGAAAUCAUCCUUUUCAUAGUAGUUCUGACAUCCUACCUUCUGACCCUUGUGGGCAACAUGGCUAUUAUCCUGGUCUCCUGCUUGGACUCCAAACUUCACACACCCAUGUAUUUCUUCCUCACAAAUCUCUCCCUUCUUGAUCUUUGCUUCACUACUAGUAUUGUCCCCCAGCUAUUAUGGAACCUGAAGGGACCAUCCAAGUCCAUCACAUACUCUGGCUGUGCCAUACAACUCUAUGUGUCUCUUUCCCUAGGUUCUACUGAAUGUGUUCUCCUUACUGUCAUGGCAUUUGACCGCUAUGUAGCUGUCUGCAGACCUCUCAGUUAUACUACUGUCAUGAACCCAUCAUUUUGCAAGGCUUUAGCAGGAAUAGCCUGGGUGAGUGGAGUAGGAAACACUAUCAUUCAAGGUACCAUCACCCUUCAGCUUCCUCGAUGUGGACAUCACCACCUCCACCACUUCUUGUGUGAGGUGCCAGCUAUGAUCAAGUUGGCAUGUGUUGACAUCUAUGCAAAUGAAGUCCAGCUGUUUGUGGCUACAUUAGUUCUCCUCCUUCUUCCUAUGGCAUUGAUCUCAGUGUCCUAUGGAUUCAUUGCACAGGCUGUGAUAAAAAUUAAGUCUGCCCAAGCCUGGCGCAAAGCCCUAGGUACCUGUGGUUCCCAUAUAUUGGUGGUGUCCCUUUACUUUGGAACCAGCUCAGUCAUAUACAUUCAACCAAAGAGAUCCUAUGGCCAUAGUCAAGGUAUGUUCCUCACACUCUUUUAUACUGUUGUGACUCCCACCCUCAAUCCCCUCAUAUAUACUCUAAGAAACAAGGAUGUGAAAGGAGCUCUGUGGAGACUCCUAAGGAGAGAACAAAAUUUUUAA